AUGCGUUUGUUUUUAAACACACGAAUACACACGGUAACAUUAAAACGCCUAAAGUCCAAUUCAAUUCCUUUAUCUGAAUUGAAAGUUGGAGUACUGAAAGAAAUUCACCCAGGUGAAAAACGUGUUUCCAUAAGCCCAUCCGGCGUCAACUUGCUUAAAAAAGCAGGAAUCAGUGUCACGAUUGAAGAAAAUGCAGGAGAGAAUGCUGGAUGGUCGAAUUUAGAUUAUGCCGAAAAUGGUGCAAAUGUCGCACCUUUGUCUAAUGUAUUGAGUAGUCAUGUAUUACUCAAGGUGAGACCUCCCAGCGAGAUAGAAAUUUCAACGUUUGAGAAUGAUCGCACGUUGAUCUCAUUUAUUCAUCCUGCUCAAAACAAACGACUUUUGGAAAUCUUGGGCCAAAAGAAAACCACAGUUCUAGCAAUGGAUUGUGUUCCGCGAAUUAGCCGAGCUCAGGUGUUUGAUGCGCUUUCUUCAAUGGCAAAUAUUGCUGGAUAUCGCGCAGUUAUUGAAGCAUCGCAUCAUUUUGGAAGAUUUCUCACGGGUCAGAUAACAGCUGCUGGAAAAGUUAAUCCAGCAAAAGUAUUGGUUAUUGGAGGAGGAGUUGCUGGACUGAGUGCUAUCGGUACUGCUAGAGCAAUGGGUGCAAUUGUUCGAGGAUUCGACACAAGAGCUUCGGUCAAAGAGCAUGUUGAAUCUCUUGGAGCACAAUUUCUAACCGUUGAUAUAAAAGAAGAGGGCGAAGGUGGCGGAGGAUAUGCAAAGGAAAUGAGCAAAGAAUUUAUUGAAGACGUUGAUAUUGUCAUCUCUACCGCACUAAUUCCCGGCAAGAAAGCGCCUCUUUUAAUAACUGAAGAAAUGGUGAAGUCGAUGAAACCGGGAAGUGUGAUUGUCGAUCUCGCCGCCGAAUCCGGUGGAAACGUCGAAACCACGAAAGUUGGCGAGGUGUACACAAAAUAUGGGGUCACUCAUAUUGGUCUCACCGAUUUGCCAUCACGUCUUGCUACCCAAAGUAGUGAGCUUUACUCGAACAAUAUUGCAAAAUUUUUGUUAUCAAUCGGCGACGGAAAAAUGUUCAAAAUCAACAAAGAAGAUGAGGUUGUUCGUAGCGCAUUAGUUCUACACCAUGGUCAAUUAACAUGGCCUCCACCCCCUAUCAACUUUCCAGCAGCACAGUCCAAAAAGGAUGAUAAACCUAUAAAAGUGGAAGCUGAGCCAGUCUCUCCUUUAAGAAAUACAACAAAACAAGCGCUGCUAUUGACAUCUGGAUUGGGAUCAAUCUCUCUUCUUGGGCUGUCAUGCACAAAUCCUCAAAUGGCAACAAUGUCAACUACUUUUGCAUUGGCUGGUCUAGUAGGAUACCACACAGUAUGGGGAGUUACUCCAGCAUUGCACUCACCUCUAAUGAGUGUCACGAAUGCUAUAUCAGGAACAACCGCAGCAGGAGCAUUAUGUUUAAUGGGAGGCGGACUAGUUCCACAAAACUCAUACCAGUCAAUGGCAUUGUUAGCCACCUUCAUUUCUUCAAUUAAUAUUGGUGGUGGAUUCUUAGUAACUAAAAGAAUGUUGGAUAUGUUUCAAAGGCCCGAUGAUCCUCCUGAGUACAAUGGAUUAUAUGCAAUACCUGCAUUGGUAUUUUUCUCAGGAUACGGAUAUGGAGUUUAUUCGGGUGCCCCUCUGAUACACUCGUUUGGAUAUUUGGGAUCGUCGCUUUGCUGCCUCGGAGCUCUUGCAGGACUGUCGUCUCAGAAAUCUGCUCGUGUAGGAAAUGCAUUAGGAAUGAUUGGAGUCACUGGAGGUAUAAUAUCUACCAUUGGAUUAUUGAAUCCUGACAUAGAUACGCUUUUGCAAAUGUCUGGUUCAAUUGCUUUGGGAACUGCCAUUGGUACUGUAAUUGCUCAAAAAAUUAAGGUCACGGAUCUUCCCCAACUGGUUGCUGCUUUUCAUUCAUUCGUAGGCUUAGCUGCUACAUUAACAUGCUUGGCGAAUUUCAUCAAAGAACAUCCUCAUUUCCUUGAAGUUCCCAAUUCUGCUCUUGCUGCAAAAUUAUCGCUUUUCCUGGGAGCAUAUAUUGGUGGAGUGACAUUCACUGGAAGUAUGAUGGCCUACGGAAAGCUUCAAGGACUCAUUGCGUCUGCGCCAGUUUACCUACCUGCUCGGCAUAUAAUUAAUGGUGGACUUCUUGCUGGAAAUAUUGGAGCUUUGGGUGUGUACUUGAAUAAUACUGAUUUCUCAACCGGAAUGUCUAUGCUUGGAACCACUGUGGGGCUCUCCAGUCUGAUGGGUGUUACUUUAACCAUGGCUAUUGGAGGAGCAGAUAUGCCUAUCGUUAUAACCGUUUUAAACUCUUACAGUGGAUGGGCAUUGUGUGCCGAAGGAUUCAUGUUAGACAAUAAUCUUCUUACUGUGCUGGGAGCACUCAUUGGAAGUUCUGGAGCCAUUCUGUCGCAUAUUAUGUGCAAAGCAAUGAAUAGAUCAUUACUUAAUGUGAUUCUUGGUGGUGUUGGAACAAAAUCAAAAGGAAUUGGUGAAGCAAUGAAGAUUGAAGGCACUGCGCGUGAAAUUACCAGCGAUGAUACUGCUACGACACUUCUAAAUGCGAAAUCUGUUAUUAUUGUGCCAGGAUACGGUUUGUGCGCUUCACAAGCUCAAUACCCAAUUGCUCAACUCGUCAAAGAGCUGCAAAAUCGAGGAGUACGCGUGCGAUUCGCUGUCCAUCCAGUUGCAGGGAGAAUGCCCGGUCAGUUGAACGUACUUCUCGCUGAAGCUGGGGUCCCUUACGAUAUUGUCGAAGAAAUGGAGGAAAUAAAUGACGAUUUUGAGGACACCGAUGUUGCUCUUGUAAUUGGCUCCAAUGACACAAUAAACUCUGCUGCAGAAGAUGAUCCAAAUAGUUCGAUCGCAGGAAUGCCCGUCCUUCGAGUGUGGAAAGCAAAAAAUGUAAUUAUAGUGAAAAGAACAUUGGGCACUGGGUAUGCAGCAGUCGAUAAUCCUGUCUUCUUUAAAGAAAACACUUCAAUGUUACUUGGCGAUGCAAAGAAGAUGAGCGAAAACCUUCUCGAGAAGAUUAAGUCGCACGCAUUCUGA